AAAAAUAAAAAAGUCACCAGGCACUACAGCACAGAGAUGGUCCAGCUCCAACCCUGCUGCGUGUCCUGGCCACUCCCUCCCCUCGCCUUCCUUUCCUCCCCUCCCCCAGCUCAUUCCCCAGCUUCAUCUUAGUCCGUCCAGCAGCCCCACCCGCUGACCCCGCCCAUCCGCGGGGCCGCAGCGCCCCCCAGCGGUCGAGUUUUCCAGGCAUCCGCCCGCCCGGGACAGAGUUAAAGUGGGAGGCCCCUGGCUUGGUCCCCUCCCGUUCAGUCCCGGGCCGCGCCUGGGUCCCCUCCCUCCUACCCACUCGGCGCCCGCACCUCGGGCCGUCAGGACCCGGGCUGUCCUCGGGAAGUACCCAGGCAUCUUCUCCAAGCCAGGACAUCAGGGCACAUGACUACUAUCAAGAUGCUCCAGGGUCCUCUUUCUGUGCUCCUGAUUGGGGGACUCUUGGGGGUCCUCCAUGCCCAGCAGCAGGAAGCCAUCUCACCCCAGGAGCAGGAAGCUGUCUCACCAGACAUCUCCACCACUGAAAGGAACAACAAUUGUCCAGAGAAGGCCGACUGCCCAGUCAACGUGUAUUUCGUGUUGGACACCUCAGAGAGCGUGGCCAUGCAGUCCCCGACAGACAGCCUGCUCUAUCAUAUGCAGCAGUUCGUACCGCAGUUUAUCAGCCAGCUGCAGAACGAGUUCUACCUGGACCAGGUGGCCCUGAGCUGGCGCUACGGUGGUCUACACUUCUCGGACCAAGUGGAGGUGUUCAGCCCACCGGGCAGUGACCGGGCCUCCUUCACUAAGAGCCUACAAGGCAUCCGCUCCUUCCGCAGGGGCACCUUCACUGACUGUGCAUUGGCUAACAUGACGCAGCAGAUCCGGCAGCACGUAGGCAAGGGGGUGGUCAACUUCGCCGUGGUCAUCACUGACGGCCACGUCACGGGCAGUCCGUGUGGGGGCAUCAAGAUGCAGGCUGAGCGUGCCCGUGAAGAGGGCAUCCGGCUCUUCGCUGUGGCCCCUAACAGGAACCUAAACGAACAAGGCCUGAGGGACAUCGCUAACUCUCCACAUGAGCUCUACCGUAACAACUACGCCACCAUGCGACCCGACUCUACCGAGAUUGACCAGGACACCAUCAACCGCAUCAUCAAGGUCAUGAAACAUGAAGCCUAUGGAGAGUGCUACAAGGUGAGCUGCCUGGAGAUUCCUGGACCCCACGGACCCAAGGGUUACCGAGGACAGAAGGGUGCCAAGGGCAACAUGGGUGAACCAGGAGAGCCUGGACAGAAAGGACGACAGGGAGACCCCGGCAUCGAAGGCCCCAUUGGAUUCCCGGGACCGAAGGGUGUGCCUGGCUUCAAGGGAGAGAAGGGUGAAUUUGGAUCGGAUGGUCGGAAGGGAGCGCCUGGCCUAGCUGGCAAGAAUGGAACAGAUGGACAGAAGGGCAAACUGGGCCGCAUUGGGCCUCCUGGUUGCAAGGGAGACCCCGGAAGUCGGGGCCCCGAUGGAUACCCUGGAGAAGCUGGAAGCCCAGGCGAGCGAGGAGACCAGGGUGCCAAGGGGGACUCUGGCCGCCCAGGACGCAGGGGACCACCAGGAGAUCCUGGAGACAAAGGAAGCAAGGGAUAUCAAGGCAACAACGGAGCCCCUGGAAGCCCGGGAGUGAAAGGAGGCAAGGGAGGGCCUGGCCCCCGUGGACCAAAAGGAGAGCCUGGACGCAGAGGAGACCCCGGGACCAAGGGCGGCCCCGGCAGCGAUGGUCCAAAGGGAGAGAAGGGAGACCCUGGUCCUGAGGGGCCUCGAGGCCUGGCUGGAGAAGUUGGCAGUAAAGGAGCCAAGGGAGACAGAGGUUUGCCUGGACCCAGAGGCCCCCAGGGGGCUCUUGGAGAGCCAGGAAAGCAGGGAUCUCGAGGAGACCCUGGUGACGCCGGACCUCGAGGGGAUUCAGGACAGCCGGGCCCCAAGGGCGAUCCUGGAAGGCCUGGAUUCAGCUACCCGGGACCUCGAGGGACACCCGGUGAAAAAGGCGAGCCCGGUCCACCAGGCCCUGAGGGAGGCCGAGGAGACUUUGGUCUGAAAGGAACACCCGGACGGAAGGGAGAUAAAGGGGAGCCAGCUGAUCCUGGUCCCCCUGGUGAACCUGGCCCUCGGGGGCCAAGAGGAAUCCCAGGACCUGAGGGAGAACCCGGCCCUCCAGGAGACCCUGGUCUCACGGAAUGUGAUGUCAUGACCUAUGUGAGGGAGACCUGUGGAUGCUGCGACUGUGAGAAGCGCUGUGGUGCCCUGGAUGUGGUCUUCGUCAUCGACAGUUCUGAGAGUAUUGGCUACACCAACUUCACCUUGGAGAAGAACUUUGUCAUCAAUGUGGUCAACAGGCUAGGUGCCAUUGCCAAGGACCCCAAGUCAGAAACAGGCACACGUGUGGGUGUGGUGCAGUACAGCCACGAGGGCACCUUUGAGGCCAUCCGGCUGGACGACGAGCGAGUCAACUCCCUGUCUAGUUUCAAGGAGGCUGUCAAAAACCUUGAAUGGAUCGCCGGUGGCACUUGGACGCCCUCUGCCCUCAAGUUUGCCUAUAAUCAGCUCAUCAAAGAAAGCCGGCGCCAGAAGACCCGGGUGUUCGCAGUGGUCAUCACGGAUGGGCGCCAUGACCCCCGAGAUGAUGACCUCAAUCUUCGGGCACUGUGUGACCGAGAUGUCACUGUGACAGCCAUUGGCAUCGGUGACAUGUUCCACGAGACUCAUGAGAGUGAGAACCUCUACUCCAUUGCCUGUGACAAGCCACAGCAAGUGCGCAACAUGACGCUGUUCUCUGACCUGGUGGCCGAGAAGUUCAUCGAUGACAUGGAAGACGUCCUUUGUCCAGACCCCCAGAUCGUGUGUCCAGAACUUCCCUGCCAAACAGAUGAACCAUGGCCUGGGAACAAGCCCCCGGUCACCUUCCUCCGCACGGAAGAGGGUCCGGACCCCACCUUCCCCAAGACCAUCCCCCUGAUCCAGCAGUUGCUAAACGCCACGGAGUUCACACAGAAUCCAGCUGCCUACUCCCAACUGGUAGCUGUGAUGGUCUACACCGCCGAGAGGGCCAAGUUCUCCACAGGGGUCGAGCGGCAGGACUGGAUGCAGCUGUUCAUUGACACCUUUAAACUGGUGCACAGGGAUAUCACAGGGGACCCAGAGAGCGUGCUGGCACUCUGCUAAAGCCUCGGGUUCACUGUGGGAAGGUAGCCAGAGCUAACCCCUCAUUUCUUAUAGAUUCCCAGGGCUGCCACCACAAGCUGGGACCUUAGGUAGUAGGAACCUAGGAACCUGUCCUCGAAACUCCCAAGGCCAGAAGUCUAGAAUCUUAUGUCUUUAAUAUGAUACUCUCUGAAGGGUUCCUCCUACUUCCUCCAGCCUCUGGUAGAGCUUCCAUCCUUGGCUUGUGGGCACACCUCUCCAGCAUCACUUCUAUCUUCCCACAGACUCUUUUCUUUGUAUGCCUGUGUAUUUUUUCCUCCUCCUCCUCCUCCUCCUCCUACUCUUCUUCUUUUUCCUCCCCCUCCUUCUCUGCCUCUUCUUCCUCCUCCUCCUUCUCCUCCUCUCUCUCCUUUUCCUCCUCCUUUUCCUCUUUUUUCUUCUCUUCCUCCUUCUCUUCCUCCUCCUCUUCCUCCUCUUCCUCCUCCUCUUCUUCCUCCUUUCCCCUCUUCUUCCUCUUCCUCCUCCUCCUCCUUGUGUUUUGCAUUUUGUUUUUAGAGACAAAGUUUCUCUGUAUUACAGCCUUGGCUGUUCUGGAACUUGCUUUGUAGGCCUGGGAUCCUCCUGCUCUGCCCUGCCCCGACACUCCCAGUGCUGGGAUUAAAGGCAUGCACUGCCAUGCCCCACUUUGUUCAGUGAUUGGAGGCCCACCUUAUGCCCCAGAAGCUCAGUCACAUCUGGCAAAGGACUGUACCAUCAGGGUUAUAUUAAGGCUCUUGAGAUGUAAACCUCUGGGCAUCUCUCAGCAGAGCACACCACCUCUGUCCUGCUGAGCAGUCUUGUGUUUGAGAGCACAAAUGGGGGUGGUGCUAUUUGAACGCUUGGGGAGGUCUCCCUGUCCUGGUCCUGUCUGAGCCCCAUGUUGGGGGUCAGGUAUGUGGUCAUAGCUCACACAAACCAUGGAACUGUAACAAGGGCCUUAAUGUGUCUCAGCAACUGUCAUACCCACUAGGUCAAAGUCCCAGUGUGCCUCAAACACCAGGCUGUGGGCCCAGCCUGGUCUCUGUAUCUGAAGGCAUCAUGAGGAGAGCGUAUGCCAGGCAGGACUUUUGAUACCUCAGCCACAUGACUAAGAACCAUGAAAGCACCCUCUUCCAAUAUGGGGAGUAGCAAGGGACUCACUGCAAAGUCACCAAGACCAGUUCAAGCCACCAAGGCAAGUUCAUGUACCUGGCAUGUUCUGAUUGAGCUCAAGGAACCUCAUCAGGUUGGAUGGAUGUCCUUGACCCCAUCUGUGCCCCCUCUCUCCCAGGAUAAGGCAUAUCCUGCUGGGAGGGUGACAUCCCAUAGCAGGCUGGGGCCAGACUCCCUGCUGGGAGGUCACAGGUAGAAGAAGGGAACCCCACAGAAAUGGAGCACAGAGUCCCCCAAGUCCCCAAACUCCCAACUGCUUGUAUUGUUCACCAGAGUUCCCUGGUCUCCUCCAGGCCCUGUAGAUGUUGCUAUUAAGGUAAAGUUCUCAAGCCAGCAGCCCACACUAUUUGUCUGCCUCUGGGUUUGUGGUAAUAACUGUGAGGGGGCCAGUCAGUUAUGAGGACCUAGGAAAUCCAGUCGUUCCCAAAACUUUUCUAGGCAUCCUGAGCAUAUUGCAGGGAUUAUGGGUGAUUAAUAAAGUUAAUAGGCUCAGUAAGAAAGACCCUGCCUGCCAGGGGCACUACCUGACUCGGGGCUCAGACUCAGAGGUAGUGAGCGAUUGCAAACAUUUUAUAAAAAGUUGAAGCCUGUAA